AUCUCCUUAUCUCCUCUUCCUCUCAAGCUGAAUAAUGCAUCUCUCACCUCUUCGUCCACCACAACUCUACACUGCCGCUUUCAAUGACAGAUACGGCGACGAUGAGACAGUCUACAGGCAUGUCUAAACGACAGCUUUCUCCUGCACCUCUCCCAGUCGCCAAGCGACCCCACAUCUCAGCCCCAGUGACCUCAGGGUCUUCCAGAGAACGUCCGAGCUUGGACACCCUCCUAUACGACGAGGUUCUUCUCCUCAUUUUCUCAUAUCUCUCUUGGGCAGACCUAUGCGCAAUACAAGCAACCAAUAGGAAUUGGUGCAGGCUCUCCCUCGAUAACCAGCUUUGGAAGUCAUUAUAUCUUAGCGAAUAUGGCAGAACUAGGCUGAGAGGUGUCAGGGGCUUCAUAGCUCGUCCUGAUGGAAGGGAAAUCAGACCUCUGCCUGGAAGGACAAAUUUUGAAGACGUCCGUGACUGGAAGUGGAUGUUUCGCAUUAGCUCAAACUGGCGUAUAGGCAAAUGUUCGGUGGAUUCACUUACACCGCCCUCCAGUCCUCUCUUGUUACCGCGUUCAUUACCGGCGCAAACCAAUGAACCUAGGCCAGAAACACUUCUGCUCCUCGCAGGCAACAUCAUAAUUACAGCCUCCUCCCGCCCAUCUUCUUCGCCUGAAAUACGCUUCACCACAAGCGGUGCAGUACAUACUAUGCACUGUCCUUCGAGUAAAGGCACCAACCCUACAGAGGUUACUGCACUUGCGUUAGAUCAAUCACCUCCUACCAACGCACACCACAUUCGUCUCGUAAGUUUCCUCUCCACAGGCGAAUUCACUGUAUUUCUAGUCAACCACCAAACUGUAUCCAACUCCACUCGAUUAAUGUCCUGGGUACCCGUGUCUCGGACUCCCAGAACCUCCCCCAUAAUUCAAGCUGUGUAUCACCAUCCUGUGCUCAUCACACUUUCGGAAUCCUUCUACCUCUCACUAUACGACCUAUCCUCCAAUAAUAUCGUACAUGCGCAGACCUUGUCUUCAUUCACCUCCUUCCCUCCAAGCUCACUAGUACUGUCUUCGACGUCGCCGGGGAUGUACAAGCUGGUUCUUGCGUACGCUAUUCCGGUCUACCCAAGCCAUUGGAGUGUAGGCGCGACGGAGUUGAUCAUUUCGUCCUCUCCUUCGUUGGGUGUGACCGCCAGUCGAACGACCAAGGCAUUCGACGUUCCUCCUGGAUGGAUUGAUGAGCACAAGAUGAAAGCUGCUCGGGAACAGUGGGGAAGGAAGGUUGCCCGAGUAGCUGAUACGCAAACCGAUGGAAAGUGGGUCGUGCUGGCUCCCGGUGAACCUGUCAAGCCUACUUCAACGCCCAUUGGUCCAGGCUCCGCCGCCUCGGGGUAUCCAUCGUCCAGCUUACAUUCCCCUUCCUCAUUACAACUUUAUCGCCUUCAUCUUCCUUCAUCUACAUCAUCAUCUUCCCUCCCUAAACUCAACUUCGUUCGAACCCUGCAUGGCCAGACUGGAUCUGUUUCCGCACUUGCUCUGGCAGAUGGUCGGUGCGUCAGCCUAGGUGUGAAUGGGAGUAUUUGGGCAUGGGACCUUGAAGGUGGUACGGGCGCCGAAGUUUCCGGCGCAAGACCGGUUGACUUAGAUGAGCUGGAGUCGUUGGACGUUCAUCCGUUGGUGAAAGGCGCAGUUGUGUUCGAUGAGCGUCAGAUCAUCAGUGCUGACUCUAGAGGCGUAGAGGUUCGGAGGUUUGACAUUUGAGACUCCUUACCGCUUGUUUAUUAUUAUUCUUUCGUCUGCUUGCUUUCUGUAUCAUAGCCUGGUUUGUGUUUCAUCUCUAUUUCCACUUGUGUUUGCAAGGUGCAUGCUCGAAUAUCUCUGCAUCGAAUGCAUCGUGCUGGGGACCCACGGAUGCGGUGUAUGAACAAACUGGGCUUGUAGCC